AUCAAUGAGUGACGUUGACAGUGUUGACACUGAUGUUUAAAAGAGUGAGGUUAUAUACCUCACAUUUUAUCAACAAUUUUUAAAGUUUUAUUCAAAUUAAUGUAAAGCCGUAGUAUCCCGCAAAAGAUAAAAAUGACGACUUCAGCGAACAUACAGGAGUAUUUUUGUAAAAUCAUCAAACAAGACGAAGACGUUUCUGUUGGCGUAGCAGCCAUACGAUCCCUGAUGGAAGUCAUCAAAUUCUCAAAUUCCGAAACGGUUCAAGAGUUGGAAGCUAAUUUAAAAGAAGCGAUCGAAGCGAUGAAGAACACUAAUUACACCGUAGCAGCUAUAAACUCGGCUUGUGAGUUGUUCAUACGUUUUAUUACUUUAGCAGCCUUGGACACCAGAGAUUUCGAGAAAUGCAAGAAAAUCAUGUUGGCUCGAGGGCAUUUAUUUAUUAAAAAGUUGGAAGAAGCGCGUGGAAAGAUAGUCAGACUGGCUGCUAAUUUUAUAGAAGAUGGUUGUAAGAUUUUAACACAUUCCAGGUCGAGAGUUGUGCUCCAAACUUUGAGAAAAGCUUGUAAGCAGAAUAAAAAGUUUGAGGUAUUUGUAACGAUAUCUGCUCCUGAUAACAGUGGUAAAAGAAUGGUAAAGGACUUAGAAACUGAAGGAAUUCCUUGUACUUUAAUCCUCGAUUCUGCAAUUGGUUACAUCAUGGAACAGGUAAAUUUUAUUAUGGUCGGAGCUGAAGGUGUAGUUGAAAGUGGUGGUAUUGUUAACAAAGUUGGCAGUUACACUAUGGCAGUUUGCGCCAAAGAAGUCAAAAAACCUUUUUAUGUGUUGACGGAAAGUUUCAAGUUUUCUAGAUUGUUUCCAUUGGGGCAACAGGAUCUCCCAGAGGAAUACAAAUAUACUUCAGAUAUUAGGAGAAAGUGUGAUUUAAGUAAAAUUCAUCCUUUGGUUGAUUAUACGCCACCCUCAUAUAUUACAUUGUUAUUUACAGAUUUGGGAAUUUUAACGCCUUCUGCUGUUAGUGAUGAGCUUAUAAAACUUUAUUUGUGAAUGUUGUUAUGUUAAUAGAUAGGUACUUUUACAGAAUUUUUAAAUAUAAUAUAUUUAUUAUAAAUGGUGUAUCCGUUAAUUUCCCAAUUUUUGCAUGUGUACAUUUUUUAUCUGAAGGUAAGCAUAUUCUGUAUCGAGCAACGAAUACCUUCUAAUAUCCCUUAGCAAAAGUACAAGUGAAAGCUACAGAGAGUCUGCAUUGGAGCAAGCGGAAAAUGAAUGGUGUUAACAUUGCCAUUUUUAUGAACCGACCUCAUUAAAAUGGUGGCCAGGCUUUACGGGCUGGCACCGCUGGUAUUUGUACAUUCCUGUUUGCCCUAAGGCUGGCUCUCUGUAGUUUUCACACCUACUUGUGUCAAGGGAUAUUAGAAGCUAUUCUUUGGCGGUACCGUUUAAGUGAAUUAAAAAAAAAAACUUAAUUUUUAAGAGCAAACUGGACACCUAGAAAAUUUUUAAUUCAUUCUGAGCCUUUUAUUUUUAGUCCGAUUUUUGUGAAAUUUUCAGGAAAUACCAAUAAUAACAAAACUUAGGGUGGAGAAAUCUUGAUUUUUUUUUGUAAACCUUCGCAAAGUGUUUAUUUUGAAAAUUUUUAAAAAGAAUUAAAAAAAAAAACAUUACCUGCCAUUCUGUAUUAAAUCUAUAAAAUGUACUGCUUUUUGUUUUAAUAAAUAUCUAGUACCUA